AGGAGCUGGGCCCAGGGAGCAUGGUUUCCUUAGCCUGCAGUAGGAAGCAGAAGUGUGGCUCAGCACAAACAAGGGAAUGUAAGAUUUACCAGCCUCUCCUCUCUUGCCAAACUCAAGGGCAAGCCAGUGGGUACAGAAGAGGUUGAUCGGGUCCCAAGACCUCAGACUUCAAGGGACAAGCAGGACAGAGAAGGGCAAAGGCAGGCACCUGGGCAGCCACUGGCAGACAGGUUUCAGGAUGGCACUCUCCAUCCUGUCCCUCUGGCUGCUCCUGGCUGGGCUUGUCCCCUGUUCCUGCGACCCAGAGACACCACCAACACCAGAGACUUCAAACAUGUCACAAAUACCAGUGACCCAAGGAGCACCCCUAUUCUUCAACAAUCAAAAAUUUGCCUUGAGCCUGUACAAGCAGCUACCACAGCCCAAACGAGGCAAGAACUUAAUCUUUUCUCCACUCGGCAUCAUUGUGCCUCUUGUGCUGCUGGCCUUCCAGGAUAAGCCAAAAGCCCGACACCAGGUUCUGCAGGAUCUAGGGUUCACAGUCACAGGAGCCUUGGAUACUAAAGCAGCCAGUGAGUAUGGGAAGCUGCUGAGUAACCUGCUACAUACUAAGAACUGCGGGAUCUACACCGGAAGUUUGCUCUUUAUAGACAAGACUCUAAAGCCAGCAAAGACUUUUGUCAAACUAGCCAACAGCUCCUACAACAGCAAUGUCGUCCUCAUCUCUUUUGGGAACUACGGGUCGGCCCAAAAGCAGAUAGACUUGGCCAUUCGUGCCAAGACCCACAGCAAAAUUACAAAGCUGCCGAGAAUUCUGAAGCCACCAACUAACUUGUUUCUGGCCAAUUAUAAUUUCUUUAAAGGGAAGUGGAAAUACCCCUUUAACCGGAAGCACACAAGGAUGAGGUACUUCUGGUUAGAAGAUGGAACCAAAACCCUGGUACCAAUGAUGCAGAGAGUAGGCUGGUUCCAGCUGCAGUAUUUCUCCCAGAUGCACAGCUAUGUCCUCCAGCUGCCGUUCACCUGCAGUAUCUCAGGCAUCUUCAUUCUCCCCGAUGAUGGAAAAUUUGAGGAAAGUGAGAAGGCACUGUUGGAGCAGAGUUUUGAAACAUGGAUUCAGUCCUUUCCCACGAGUAAGAGGUGGCUGUUUUUCCCCAAAUUCUCCCUACCUAUUGCUCUUCACCUGGAAAAGCUCAAGCACGUUAACAGUAACAUUAAACUGUUCGACGAUCACAUGGACCUCUCAAGAAUCACUCUGCAAAAGGCACCGUUGACAGUCAGCACGGCACUACACAGAGUGGAGCUGACCAUGAAUGAGGACGGAGAGGAAAAGGAUGAGUCCCAGCCCGAACCAGACCUUGCCACUCUCCACUUCAAUAGAUCCUUCCUCCUACUAAUCCUGGAUGAACCCAGCAACAGCAUUCUCUUCAUGGGCAAAGUGGUGAAUCCCACUAGAAUCAACAUGGACGCUCUACAAUUUCCCUAAAUUCUGAUUUUUUCCCCUCUUUACCUGAGAUGUAGCAGAGUCAUAUUCCUUUGACGUUUGGCUUAAUAAAACAGCAAAUGAGAA